AUGCAGAGAUCAUCGCACGCUACAAGAAGAAGUAGAGGAUCGAUUAAUAAUGCAUCGCCGAGAAACGACGCGGCCCUGCCAAGAAUAGACGCGGCCCCGCCAAGAAUAGACGCGACCCCGCCAAGAAUAGACACGGCCCCGCCAAGAAUAGACGCGGCCCCGCCGAGGAACAACGCAGCCCCGCCGAGGAUUGACGCAGCCCCGCCGAGGAACGACGCAGCCCACGCAGCCCCGCCGAGGAUUGACGCAGCCCCGCCGAGGAACGACGCGGUGAAUAGACUAAUGCAAAAGAAAGUAAACGAAGCGGUUCGGCGGGCAGUAAAUAGAGAAAGAAGAAAACGUAACACGCGCGCGCGACCAGCAUACAUGUAUGCAAUGGCUCCACCAUAUCCUCCGACAGCAUUACCUACACCGACGUACGCGGUGUAUGCUCCACCAGCACACGCUCCACCAGUAUACGCUCCACCAGCGUACGCCCCACCAGCGUACGCUCCACCAGCGUACGCUACACCAGGGUACGCUCCACCAGCGUACGCUACACCAGGGUACGCUACACCAGGGUACGCGCCACCAACAACAUAUCCGGCAGCAACCACAUACCCGGCACCAGCAGCGUACGCGGCACUGGCACCGGUGUAUCCACCGCCGGGGCGUUUUUAGAAUAUA